GCCUAGAGCUUCGCUCGCAUCGUUCGUGAGAGGACCACAUCCAUUAAGUAAGCGGGCCCGUGCGCUAAACUGGCAGGGGUGGCCUAUCAUGACCGCCCAUGGCAGAAAAAGUCCGAUAAUUGAUCGUGUGCGAGAAGCCUCGAACCUUGCUCCGAAUACUUUCAAAUAACAACCGCAAAUAUGAAGUUAGACACGAAAUAUAUGCGCUAUAUCACCCAGGAUGACUGGAAAGUCCUCACUGCCGUGGAAAUGCUCUCGAAAAACCACGAAGUCGUCCCCACGAAACUAAUCGGACAGCAAUCCCACCUCGGCGGUAGUACCGCGCGCUCCAUCUCCGCCCUUGCAAAAAUCGGCCUGAUCGCGCGCCUGCGCAACGCAAAAUACGACGGCUACCGUCUCACCUACGGCGGUCUCGACUACCUUGCGCUUCACACGCAUAACAACAAGAGCGCCGUCUACAGCGUUGGCAACCAGAUCGGUAUAGGCAAAGAGUCCGACAUCUUUGUCGUCGCCUCGCCGACAGGCCGCCAACUAGUCCUCAAGAUCCACCGCCUCGGCCGGAUCUCCUUCCGCACCGUCAAGGCGAACCGCGACUACCUACGCAACCGGCAGGGCGGGUCAUGGAUGUACAUGUCCCGCCUCGCCGCCUUGAAAGAAUACGCCUUCCUCACCGCCCUACGUGAGCAUAACUUCCCCGUCCCCGAGCCGAUCGCGCAGUCCCGGCACACCCUUGUCAUGUCCCUCAUCGACGCCUUCCCCAUGCGCCAGAUCGCCUCUGUGCCUGACCCCGCGUCCCUGUACGCCGAGCUGAUCGCCAUGAUCCUGCGUCUGGCGCAGUACGGGCUCAUCCACGGUGAUUUCAACGAGUUCAACAUCCUCGUGGAGGAGAAACCUGACCCAGCUGCCAAGGGCGGCGUCGCGCUCACUCCCAUCCUUAUCGAUUUCCCGCAGAUGGUAUCAGUGGAUCACGCGAACGCGGAGUACUACUUUGACCGCGACGUGAACUGCAUCAAGCGCUUCUUCAAGAGGAGGUUUCAGUUUACGCCUACGGAGGCCGGGCCGCACUUUGCGGAUGCGAGGAAGCUGAUUGGAAAGGAUGGCGCAGUGAGGUUGGAUGUGAACGUCGAGGCGAGUGGCUUUUCGAGGAAGCAGGCGAAGGAGUUGGAGGCAUAUAUGAAGUCGGUUGGAGUGGAUGGGGAUGGGGACCCAAACGCUCCCAGGGCCGAUCUUGAGGAGGACGCUAAUGAUGAUGGCGAUGAUGACGAGGAGGGGUCCGAUUUUGUUGAGGAGGAAGAACCGGAAGCUAAGCCCGUGACUAAAAGGGAAUGGAGAGACGAUGUCGAGUAUACGACAGACCGUCUGGGAAAUACGGUGGAAGUUGUAAAAGAGCCGGAAGCUGAGCCCGCGGAGAAAAAGGAAUCGAGAGACGAUGUCGAGUAUACGGCAGACCCCUUGGGAAAUACGGUGGAGGUUUUAAAGACUCUGAGCGUCGACGAUAAAACAUGAGGGGUUUACUAUUAUUACGGUUGGAAUACUUUUUAAAGGGCCGCGAGCACUUCACAUGGUUCAUCCACAUUUAGACUCCAGGACGUUAUCAAUGUAACAGCUCUCCGUGUCAAGAAGGGUUGUAAGGAACUUGGUCACAAUUGCAAGUCAAAAGGCAGCUGAUAAGCAGGUUUUUAGCUAAUUAGCUAGAGGAUCAGCGAGUACAUCAUCGUGGGUGGGAAGACCACAACCACGGGAAAUAAUUAAGCGCCGAAGGAAACUACAAGCAAGCAUGCACCUUUGAUACUUCGUGACGACCUGCAAUCGCCUGUUCGAUCCAUCUCCCACUAAUGAAUGAUUUCGUGCAAAUCGCUUUUGAUGAAAUGCCAUACCCUUCUUGAAGUAUGUCCUCCUCCAGUAGACCCGAUGCCACAUGGCCUCCUAUGAUACACAGCUGAACUCCCAAGCUUUCGAUGGACAUUACGUAUGUAUUGAGGUAGGUAUGAUCCGUAAGGAUAUGAGCCUAGAUGAAUAUUCGAGGGGUAUAAUGCCGUGAGUAUGAGUAUGAAGGUCCUUGGACGCGUAAAACUGAACGUGGGCUGUUUAGCACCACGAAAAAUAUGCUGUUCUUGAUAACAUAAGACUGUUCCUUCUCUUUAGUUUGUAGCCGCAAGUGGUAGUUAUCAUGCCAAAGUCGCAUCAAACCCGAACUGGAGAUAAACAAUUAAUAGUAGCGCCCUCAUCAGCCGAGUCGUCGUCAGAGACCGUUGGGG